AUGUUAGAUUGUAAGCCAUCUGAUACUCCUCUAGUGCCUAAGUCAACUUCAUCAAAUUUUGUGAAUGGUGAAAGAUUUCAUGGCCCUUAUCGUGAACUUGUAGGUGCUUUGCUGUAUCUGUCUAUGACAACUCGUCCUGAUAUUCUGUUUUCUGUGAACUGUCUGAGUCAGAUACAAGAACAACCCACUAACAGUGCUUGGGCUGGUCUGAAGCAAAUUCUUCGAUAUUUAAAAGGGACAUCUGAACUGAAAUUAUUAUUUUGUAAAUCUAAUAGUGUUGAUAUUAUGAUAAAUGUUUAUGUUGAUGCUGAUUGGGGGUCAGAUACAAAUGAUAGAAAAUCUAUUUCAGGGUAUAUUAUUUUCUUUAAUGAUUGUCCUGUAACUUGGUCUGUUAAAAAGCAAACAUCUAUUGCUCUGUCCUCUACUGAGGCAGAAAUUUUGGCUUUAGCAAAAGCUAUUCAAGACCUAACUGUUGAUCUGGCAACAGUUGUAGUAGUUCUUGGUCAUUGCGCCGUGUUUGAAGCUGUGUUUGCGGCCAAAGAACUUGAUAAAUAUUUAGACGUUGAAGCGGAUGAAACGAAAGUUGCUGAAAUCAAAGAUGCAAAAAAGGCUUACGCAUUGCUGCUAACCCUUCUAGAUGAUGCCAUAUUGGCGACCAUGUCGAGUGAAUCUUCUGCAUGUGAAAUUUGGAGCAGUUUAAAGAAUAAAUACCAUAAGGUGAGUGCAGUUAGUCAAAUAUUAGUAUGA